AUGGCCCGACGUAGUGGCAUUGCUCUCCUUGUUUUGGCAGCUCUGUGUUUGGCACCAACCUUCGUGGCACCGAACCGCUCGCCAGCACCGGUGGAGGCCACAAAGGAUCACUGCGUUGACACUGCCCGUGUGGCGGCCAUCGCAGCCGGUUUGACCCCCUUGGCGUUGGAGCAGCCUGCCUCCGCCUAUGACAGCGUGGUGGCCAUGUUGCAGAGCUGGCUCGUGGGCGGCAUCGCAUUGGUCCUGAUUUACGGCGCUGCCUUCGUGGCCGCCUUGGCCAAUCCAUUGACCAAGCGACGACAGGAGGUGAAGGCUGAAGUCGAUGCCAUCAAGAAGGUUCUGCCGGGCUCCUGGGCAGAAGGUCGAGUGCCUCUAAGCUCAGAGAUCAAGAGCAUCAAUGGGAGGUCUGCGACUUCAUUGGAUGCUGAUGGUUUCAAGGCCGAGUUGGAACGAAGACCCCUGCAACUCCAAGUGCACUUGGCACAAGGUGACUUGGAAAGUGCUGUUUCUCAAAGCCCUGCUCAGCCACAAAAGACAGAAGGUGGACGGGGGUCUACUUUAGCGCAUGUGUCCAAAGCACCUUCAGGACAAAUCGGAGAGAAGGAUGCCCCGGUGCAAGAUGCAACAAGUGAAGGUGAAGCUGAACACGAAACUGCCAAAGCGGCAGAUCCUUUGCCAACUACCACAAUGGCAAGUCCGCCAGUGCCCAGUGCAGGUCCAGCAGCUGGAUCUUCAGACUUUGAACAUCUGCAGAAGGACUUUGAUGCUCUUUCUCAGAAGCUGCAAGAAAGGGAGAAGGAACUGCUGACAGCUGAGGGGGAGCUAGCAAAGGCCAAGGGAGAAGUGCAAGAGCUCAGGACAAAGCUGGCACUGCGAGAAAAAGAAAAGAAAGACCUGCUGCAGGACGCCAAACGAGAUCCCUUGCCCAGCGUCUCUGAAGUGGAACUUGACGAAGUUAAAGGACAGUUGGCCAACGCCCUUCAAGACUUGGCCAUAGCCCGCUCGCAGGCGGAACAGCUGAAGCAGCGCACGGAGGAACUGGAAGAUGCUCGGAAAGAGCUGAUGGAGAAGGAUGUGAAGUUGGUUGAGACAGACAGGCCUGGUGCCACUUCCAGCGCUCCACCGCAGAGUCCGGACUCCGCGGCCUCCUUUGAGGUCACCCCCGCGUAUUGGGAACAUGUCGAGAUCCAUGCGCUGCAAGAGGAAUUGGCACAACGCGAUGCGGAGCUGAAAGCCUUGCGAACGGACCUGGCAGCAGCAUAUGCCAAGCUGAAGGAGGGUGACCAGAAACUCAGGGUGACCGCGCCCAAAUCGGCAACCACUCUGGGUUUCCGGCUUCAAAAGUGGUUGGUCUAUGAGGUCGUGAAGGGCAGUUGGGCCGAGUCUGUUGGGUUGAAGCUGGGCGACCGACUUCAGCUGGUGCAAGAGAUGCAGGUGACGAAGAUGGGCAAAGAACAGCUGAAGGAGGCCUGGUCACAACGACCCCUGCAACUCACCUUCCGCGCAGCCUCGAAGACGGAGCAGGAAGGGAUGGCUUCGACGAAAAUCCAGGCGAAUUGGCGCAGGAAAAAGGCCCAGGAGAAGGUGGGCCAACUGGGCAAGGCCGCUGGCGACCUUGGGCCUGAGUUGGAUACCUUCACCUUGCUAGCAGAGGUGGAAGAUCUGGGUUUGACGCUGGAACUGUGGCCACCAGCGCCCAAGGUUUUGGUGUGUCGCGUGCAACGCGAGGGAUGGGCCAUGAAGGCGGGAAUCAAGGCGGGAUAUCAGCUGUUGAUGGUGCAGAAGCAAUCGCUCCAGAGCUUUCAGGAUCGACAGAGCUUCCGGCGGCUUUGGAAGGAACGACCCUUGGAACUCACCCUUUGCCCUGGCUCCAAGGAGGAUGUGCAGCGUAUCGCCUCCACCAAGAUCCAACACGGAUGGAGAUCACGCGAGCCGAAGCCGAAAGGUGUGGAGAUGGCUGACCAAACGAAGAGAGCAGGGGGGCCAAUGCCACUGGCAGCUGGAGAAGCCGCAGCAUUCCCAGCAGCUUCAAUGGAUCGGCCGUGGGAGAAGCUGGAAACGAACUCGCUGCAACAGCUGCAGGAUGAGUUGAUGCAAAAGCAGCUGGAACUGAAGAAAUUGAAGCAGGACUUGGUGCACUCCGAGAGCAGCUUCGAGAAGUCGCUGGAGCAGAUCUCGGUGGAGUCCUCUGAAAGUGCCGUGGAGGUGGCUUCACUGAAGGCGCAGCUGGCGCUGGAGCAAUCCAAGGUGGCGAAAAUUCAAAACGAAGGCGCCAGCAAAGCAACGUCGGCACACGCAAAAUUCUUGGUGGAACAGCGAAAAGCUGAGACCCUGGAAACGCGCUUGGUGGAAACUGAAGUGAUCCACCAGGAACAAAUCAGCGAGAUCACGGAAUUCCUGGAGGCGCGGCGCCGGGAACUGCAACUCGAAGACAUCGAUUUCUCCAAGCUUCGGCAUCCACCUGACGUACCCAAUGAAGUGGAGCGGUUGAAGGCAGCCUUGGCAGAAGAACAGGAGAGAGUCUCAUCCGCGGAACGCAAAUUGGUUAAGGGCUGGUCUGACCAACGUGCGAUUGACUUGAAAUGGCAAGCAGAAGUAGCAGCCAGAGACGAAAGCCUAGAAGCUAUGCAGAAGGAAGUUUCGAAGGCCGAAUGGUGGGCCUCGCUUUCCAGCUCUCCAGAACUCAAGGACUUGGUCGGGCUGAAGACGGAGUUGGAGGAAGAGCGAGAUAAGAACCUGCGAACUGAGAGGCGACUUGAAGAAGUACAGGCUGAUUCAAAGAAAGGGGAGUGCGAGAAGUUGCAGGCCAGCUUGAACAAGGAAGAGGCGCGUCAUUUGCAGCUCCAGUUGGCACUGACGAAGGCGCAGAUCGAAGAUGAAACGCUCCGGAACGCAGACCUGGAGAUACCAACUACACCUACAGACAAGGCCGUGAAAGCGGAGGAGUUGUUGCGACUGAAUCUUCAGCUGCAGGAGCUGAAAGGCGAGCUGCAGGAAACCAAAGUCCAAGGUCCGUCGCGCACAGCGGAAACCAGGCGAAAGGCCGAAGGGUUUUGGUGCCGAACAUCGGUUCCGGUUGUCAAGGUGUUGAGCAGAGAGGCUUCCGACAAUUGGUUUGACGGUAUCACCGGCUUGUUGACCCCGGGUUGGGGUGUCGACGAUGGUCUGCGAACCAAGCUGGCCGUUGCGCUGAUGAGGGCGCUGCAGGAUGGUUCCUUACAACAGCACUUGGACAAGGCCCCAAGAUGGGCUGCCCUUCGUGGUGAUGGAUCAGAAACUAUGAUACCAUUGGUAAGCCUAAAAACGAGAUGGUUUAACAGUCCCAACCAAACGGGUUUAACAUGGUUUAACGCUUCAACGAUCCAAAAUUUGGGUUUAGUUUGCACGCUAUUUUUGUGCUCACCAGGGUACAGGUUUUUGACCCGUACCCGGGGCCAUACCCUUUUUGUUUCUCCCGUAUUUUCCGCCAAGACGUGGGGGAUUCGGGGAUUCCCUUUCACCGACUUGGGAGAUCCUGUUGCCUCCCAACCUGCAGCUGGCUGUUUCCAACGGUUUCUUUAA